UGUAUUGGCUGAUGAGGAGUUGAUUUACGAAUCAUUAGCACUUAUCGAAGCAAUUAUUACAAUUAAAAGGCGCUUAGACAGCAAAAAGUCUCGCUGGGGAUGUCCCAAAGUUGUGUUGCACGUCCUGGGAGCUGUCGGGAAGGGUAUAAAAACCGGGAUAUUCCUCCAGCCUCUCCAGCAUCUUCUCCUCACUCCUGUUUUCCCUGUGAACCCGGCCCCAGAGCAGGAUCCCAUUUGCCGAGAUGUCGUCAGGAGCGAUGAUGAGCAGCGGCUGCUCGUCCCCGUGCGAGGUGUCCUGUCCCCAGCCCUACGCCGACGCCUGGAGCCAGCCCUGCGUCACCUCGUGCGCGGACUCGCGGGCCGUGGUCUACCCUCCGCCCGUGGUCAUCACCUUCCCGGGGCCCAUCCUCAACUCCUGCCCCCAGGAGAGCUUCGUGGGCACCACCUUCCCGUCGGGGGCCAUGGGAUCCUCGGGAACCGCGGGCGCCAUCGGCGGGGGCUCCAUGGGGGGCAGUGGGGGCUCCUACGGGGGCGGCAGCUCCAUGGGGGGAAUUGGGGGUUCCAUGGGGGGAAUUGGGGGUUCCUAUGGAGGUGGUUCCAUGGGUGGAUCCUAUGGGGGCAGCUCCAUGGGUGGAUCCUAUGGGGGCAGCUCCAUGGGUGGAUCCUAUGGGGGCAGCUCCAUGGGUGGAUCCUAUGGGGGCAGCUCCAUGGGUGGAUCCUACGGAGGGAGCAGAUCCUUCGGCUCCGGGGGCUCCUUUGGAGGGGGCCGAUCCUUUGGGAGCAGGAGACACUUCGGCUCCUCGAGCGGGGGCUUCGGGGGCUCCUGCGGCGGGGGCAGCUCCUUCGGGGGCGGCUCCUGCGCGGGGGGCUCCUAUGGAGGGGGCAGCUCCAUCUCCAGGAGGUUCGGAGGAGGAAACUGCGGCUCCUUUUAUUUCUGAGGCGGCGCCGCCUCUCCGGCCAGCGGCCCCGGGCCGGGCUCGGCUCCUGGGGAAGCUGCGAGCCGGGGACAGCCGAGGAAUCGCCUUCCCCGGCCUUUGUGGCUCUGAAUCGCUUCCCAAAGCCCCGGGAAUCGUCCUCGCUGCUCCCUGCGUGUGACCCUGCCCCGAGCCCUUCCCUGCCAUUAAAGUUCUG